AUGACUUUUAAUGAUGUUAAAACAAGAAAGUCGAUUCUGACCGAGCGAAAAAGGUUCCUCGAUGAUGAACUGGCUCGUCUAGAAUCCCAGAGUGUCAAGUUGGAAACAGAGAAAAAAGACUUGAGGGCCCAAAUUGAGAACAUUCAAGAAAACAACAUCACACCAAUGGAGCUGAGGAGAUUACGCAAUGAAGAGCUUACUCGCCCUUACUCUCAGACUGUCAAGAUGGAGGCAGAAGAUGCAGACCCAGCAGAAGAAAUAAACAGUCAAAAGAACACGACUGAGGAAAAUGAGCUCGUCGAUCACAAGAGGACACUGCUUAAAAUGUGGAGGGUGAAUAUGGAGACUGAGAAUGAAGAACUGAGGGCACAAGUUAAAGUCCUUGAAGACAACAAGGCCAUGUCAACUCAACAAAACAUGCUUCUUGGUGAAAAGCUGGCUCAUCUUGAGUCCUGGAGUGUGAAGAUGGAGACACACUUGAGGAUGCAAAUUAAAUACCUUCAAGAGAAGGAGGACACUCUGAUUAAACAGAAUGAAUCCCUCAGCAACGAGGUGGCCCAGCUCGAAAGGUGGGGUGUGACGAUAGAGAAACAAAACGAAAACCUACGGGCACGUGUAAAAGUUUUGAAAGAAAACGAGAACCUCAUGAAUGAGGUGACAGAGACCAUCAUGGCUGAUCUGGCACACUCUGAAUCUCAGAGGGGCGAGGAUCAAACUGAAAUGUAUCGGCUGAGAACCAAACUGCAGUCACUUAGGUGUCAGUUGCAAGAUCAGGAUGAACUAUUGAGGAGGCUCGGUCAUGCUGGGUCCCUCAUGGAGAAGGCGUGGGCAGAGAAUGAAAAGUUGAACAACAAACUGAGUGAGCUUGUGGAUGAAGAUACGUUUGUAAAAAAACUGAAUGAGACCAGGGAAGAGUUAGGAGAACAUACAUCCGUCAAAGAUCGACACCUUGAGCGGAUCGCAGAGCUCGAGGCAGCAGUCAAAGAUCGUCAGCUCCAACUUGAGAAGUCUCAGUCCCUCCUCAGUGGCAAAGAUGAGUUGUUAGAGAAGCAAAAGAACGAAAUAGUUCACCAGCAUGAAGUCAUAGACAAUCUUAACGCUCUUGUUACCCCUUUGAAGCAAACAAUACAUGAUCUUCAGGCCCAGCUGGAACACAAGCAAAUAUUAACUGCGAGUAGCAGCUGUGGGAGCUUCGACGAAACAGAAUACGAAGACGAGCCUGUCAGUAAAGACCUGUUGGAAUUAAAGACUGAGGCGGAAAAUGCAAGCUCACAAAUAAAAGAGCUCCAUCAAAACAGCGAUCCCUCGCCCACGCACCUCUCAGCUUUGCGUGAGUCUCCAAGUUCUGCAACAGACAACCAACAAUUGUGGACACAAGAUCUUAAAGAAAACAAGGUCAGACUAGCCAAGGAGAACAGCCUUCUCAAUGAAAAACUGGAUCGUCUUGAAUCCCAGAGUGCAAAUGUGGACAUAAAGAAUGAUGAUUUGAUGGGACAGGUUGAAGAUCUUUGCAAAAACGAGGACAGGCUGACUGAGCAAAAGCAGCUGUUCAGCGAAAAGCUGGCUCACCUUGAAACUUUGAGUGCAAAGGUGGAGACAAAUAAUGGAGACUGGAUGGUACAAGUUGAUGAUCCUACCGAAAAUGGGUACUUCUUAUGUGAGAAGACAAAGGGGACCCUCAUUGCUGAUUUGUCCUACACUCGAUCGCAAAGAGACAAGAAUAAUAUUGAAAUUGAUCAAAAAGAACAUCAAGAAAACAAGGCCAGACUAGCCGAGCAGAACAAGCAGCUCAAUGAAAAUUUGUCUCAUCUUGAAUCUUUCCGUGUGAAGGUGGAGACAAACAAUGGAGACUGGAAGGUCCAAGUUGAAGAUCCAAGAGAAAAUGAGUACAUCUUAAGUGAGAACACAGAGGAAGCCCUCACUCUUGAUUUGUCCAACUCUGAAUCUCAAUGGGACAAUGAUUUGGGGAUUUAUCAAAAAGAUCUUCAAGAAAACAAGGCCAGACUAGCCAAGCAGAACAGGCAGCUCAAUGAAAAUGUGCCUCAUCAUGAAUCUUGGAGUACAAAGGUGGAGACAAACCAUGGCGAUCCUGAAGAAAAUGAGAACGUCUUAAGUGAGAAAACGGAGACCAUCACUGAUUGGUCCAACUUUGAUUCUCAUUGGGACAAAGAUGACACCGAGGUUUAUCAUCUGAGGACAGACACGCAGGUAUUUUGGUGUCACUUGCGAGAUCAGGGGGACGUGAAGACGACGACAGAUCAUGCGGAGUCUCUCAUGGAAAAGGAGUGGACAGAGAAUGAAAAGUUGAGCAACAAACUGUGUGAGCUCUAUGAAAAGCAACACGUUCUCAAAAAGUACGAUAGUAUUCUUGAAGAGCAAGACGACCGUAACAAUGUGGGAGAUCAGCAGAGCAAAACUGUCACACACCUGAAGACAACAUUAACAGAUUAUAAACUCAGAGUUGAGGAACCUGGAUGUCUCAUCCUCAAAAGCCAAGACGACACGUUAACAAAGCGAAGCAAAGUACUAGAUGAUCAACAUGGAGGCAAAGACGGACCUAACCCGUUUGCCUCCUUCCGGCAGGCAUUUUUUAACUGUAAACGCCAGCUGAAACGGAUGGAAGAAAUCUUAACUGCGAAUAACUUGGAGACUCAGCCGAAGGGGCACCAUGUUGACAUGGGUCUCCUCAAGUCUCCAGACCACAGCACCACACCAGAAGGAUGUAGCAACCCCCUUUGAUAAAAACACGUUUGACAUGUAUGUCGGCAUCAGUUCUGUGGAUGCCCAAAUUCUUUUUCUACCUAAUAAUGA